AUGGUUCCUCUGUACAAGGACAAUGAGGAGGACAUCUGUCCCAUCUGCCUGGAUCCCGUGAAGGAGGCUGUGAGGACAGACUGCGGCCACCUCUUCUGCCGAAUGUGCCUGACCCAGUACAUGGAUAAGGCCUCAGUCUCUGGGGUCCUCAGCUGCCCAGUCUGCAGGAAGCCCUACUCUGAGGGGGUCCUCGGGGAUGGUUAUAUCUGCUUCAGCCACCAGAAGAGGGUGUGCAUGUUCUGUGAGGCAAGCAGACAUCUCCUGUGUGUGGAAUGUCUCAAGUCCCCCGAACACCAGUCUCAUGCUGAGCUCUCCAUUGAAAAUGCCAUCAGCCACUACAAGGAAAGACUCACCCGCAGAAGCAGAAAGCUCAGAAAGGACCUGGGGGAACUUCAACGACUGAAAGCUCAGGAAGAGGAGAUGCUGCAUGCUCCGCAGGUGGAUUGGGGGAGCUACAGGCCAGGAGCUGAGUUGCAGAGCCAAGAUCAAACCACGGAACAGCUGAAGGCCCCACCACAGCAUCGUCUGGACCACCAAGAGGACCAGCCAGCGGAGGCAGUCAGGAUCUUUGACUUCUCUGAGGCAGUAACACAGCUCAGCUUCCUGGUUUCUGGACUGGAAAGGAUGGCCAAGGAAUUGGAUGCCAGAACUCUGAAGGAUGCCAGUGACUUACUGGACAGGAGUGCGCCCCAGAAAUUAGAAGGACUCCUCUCUCAUCUUCCUCCAGCUGGUCCAAACCUCAGCUAG